ACAACAGGGUCUCCCGGAAAUGGUGACUUCACAGGAAGACCUGCCUCAGAGGAGGGGGUUUGACGUAGCUCCCUGAGCUACUACAGUGAGCAACCUCCCCAGGGCCCUGCCUAUGGGACCUCUUCAUGCCACCUCUGCCAUGGGCACCAGGCUCCUCUGCUGGGCAGUCAUCUGGCUCCUGGAGGCAGGUCCCAUGAAUGCUGGCAUCACCCAGAACCCAGGACACCUGGUCAGAGAGACAGGACAAGAGGCAACGCUGAGAUGCAGCCCAGAGAAAGGACACAAUCAUGUUUACUGGUAUCAGCAGCUCCCGGGGCAAGGUCUGAAAUUCAUGGUUUACCUCCAGAAGGAAAGGAUCAUAGAUGAUUCAGGAAUGCAGACGCAACGCUUUUCUGCUGAAUUUCCCAAAGAGGGCCCCAGCGUCUUUAAGAUCCAGCCGGCAGAGCUGGGAGACACUGCCGUGUACCUCUGUGCCAGCUCCUUAUCCACAUCAAUGCAGAGCCCCAUCCUGUCAGUGCACGAACACCCUCCCUCCAGGCCACGCCCCGGAAACGCCAUGGGCUGCGGAAGGGAAGUGGCGCGUUGUUUGAUUAGUGAACGAAUUAGCUGGAAAGCGUUUUGUAGGGAGAGCACGGAAAUAGGAGAUGCUUGUAGAAGCACCAUGGAACAUCCCAGCCCGUGCUCAGGGACUAAGACCGUCACCAGAAAAAGGUGCUUAGCACUCCAGGGAGCCACCGUUCCCAUUAUGUGUAACCAGGUGAUCUGCUGUGUGGCUCUUUGUCUCCUUGGAGCAGGCACAGCAGAUGGUGAAAUCACUCAGACCCCAAAAUACCUGAUCAGAGAGGAAGGACAAGGCGUGACUCUGGAAUGUGAACAGGAUUUUAAUCACGACUCCAUGUACUGGUACCGACAGGACCCAGGGCAAGGGCUGAGACUGAUUUACCACUCACAAGUAGUACCUGAUGUUCAGAAAGGAGACAUACCUGAGGGCUACAGUGCCUCUCGAGACAAGAAGCCACUCUUUCCUCUCACUGUGACAUCGGCGAAAAAGAACCAGACAGCUCUGUAUCUCUGCGCCAGCAGUAGAGACACAGUGAAGCACAGCCACGUCCUCUCUAUGCAGAAAUGUGUCUCAAGCCCUGCUUCCCCACCAGAUGGCAGGCUUUUCUGGGUUCAGUGCCCUCAUCUGCCUGCUCUCUUCCCCUUUCACCAGACACUCAAAGCAACUGCUGCCAUCAAUGUGCUUCGGGGAAUGGCGAGACAUCUCAGCGAUCCACAUCUAUGUCAUCUCUAUCUAUAUUUAUAUCAGUGA